AUGACAUCAACAACUGAUUUAACUACUAGUAGUAUUACAUCUCAAUUAUGUAAGAAUAAUUGUGGUUUCUUUGGAAAUCUAAUAUUUGAUGGAUUUUGUUCUCAAUGUUAUGAUGAAUAUAAGAAAAAAUUCAAUGAAAUCAAACAAGAAAAUAUUUCUGUUGACACGAAACAAGAACAAGUUGUCAUUGAAUCAACAGUAUCAUUGUCAUCGCCUGUCGAAAAUCUUUCAUUAUCAACUCAAUCAAAAUCAACAAUAAAAAAUAAUAUAUCAAAAAAAACUCGUUGUCCAAAUUGUAAGAAAAUCAUGGGUAUUCUACAAUAUCCAUGUGCAUGUGGUGGACAUUUUUGUUCGAAUUGUCGAUAUUCAAAUGAACAUCAAUGUCCGAUUGAUUACAAAGCAGUAGGAAGAAAAUUUUUAGCUAAAACCAAUCCUCAAGUGAUUGCUGAUCGUGUUCAAAAUCGACAAUAA